GCCCGCUCUAGUGUAAAGUAUGCGCUCGAGAAAGGCAUCAAGAAGGGACGUUUGGAGAUCCACGACAACACUGGACUCACGUCCUACGGAGUCGACGGUGUUGGGGAGGAUGGAGUCCCCCCGGCGGCUUCGAUCCGUGUUCUCAAUGAAGACUUCUGGCUUCGUCUUUUCCUGUCAUAUGAUAUCGGAUUUGGCGAAGCCUACUUGGCGGGAGAUUUCAAGUCCCCCGACGUAAAGGCAGUUUUGAAUCUAUAUGUAGAUAACCUAGACACUCUUCGCGCCCUCGAGUCACCAGUCUAUAAGCUCAGUGCUUAUAUCAAUAUGUUUAUGAUGAGAUUCUUCAACCAUGGACUCUCAAAGGCGAUUGAGAACGCUGCCGGUUACGAAGCUUCGAAUGAUCUCUACAUGGCAUUUCUGAGCAAGGAGAUGCAGUACUCUGUACCUAUCUGGACUGACGCCGAGGGCGGUCCUCGUGGCGAUCUCGAGGGAAAACGCGUCUCUGGGGACCUUGAGACGGCGCAGGCACGCAAGAUCCAGCACAUUCUGACCAAGGCGCGACUUCGUCCAGGGGACAGACUGCUAGAGGUGGGAUCUGGGUGGGGUGGCGUUGCCAUCGCGUGUUGGGUGCAGGCAGCUAAGAUGGGAUGCACAGUUGACACUUUGACGCUUGCUACGGAGCAGAAGAAGUACAUUGAGCAAAAGAUAAAGGGUACGGAUCUGGAAAGCAGGAUCCACGUUCAUCUUCUAGAUUAUCGCAACAUGCCACGCGAGUGGGAAGGUAAAUUUGACGCAUUCUGUAGUCUGGAAAUGCUUGAGGUGGUAGGACGGACGUAUAUGCCGGUCUAUCUCCGUCAGAUCGACCGGGCGUUAAAAAAAGAGCGUUCAGCCGUCGUUUUGACUGGUGCUACAUACCCUGAGGCCGCGUACACCCCCUACCAGAAAAACGAUUUCAUCCGCAAGUAUCACUGGCCCAACGGCGUCUCUCCCAGUGCCACUUCUCUGGUCAAGGACUUUGAACAUGCUUGGGGCCGAAGCUUCUGCCUCGAGAGCGUUGAAGACUUCGGACCUAAUUAUCCGCGCUGUCUUCGGGAAUGGGCGAGACGGCUCAGAGAGAACUGGAACGAAGACCUCGAGAGGUCUCUGAGCGACAAGUAUCCUGAACUAUCGGAUAAAGCUAACAUGGAUGUAUUCCGUCGAAAGUGGGAGUACAUGUUCGUGUACAUGGAGGUUGGAUACGCCCGGGUCUGGGUCUCUAGCCAUUGCUGGACUCUUGUUCGGCCGGUAAGCAACUACCGUGUGGAUAUUAGCUCGUCAAGAUCCUGA